AUGGCGGCCCUCAGAAGCCCCGUGUCCCUGUGCGGUCUCAUGACAGUUUCUCGGGGCACGAAGCGGGUCUAUUUCCGGGCCCGAACGCAGUCCCGGCCUGGUGCCCUGCUCCAGCCGCUGCCCAGGUCCUUCGUGGUGGUGUUGCCACGCCGUCAGCUCGGCUCUGAGGCCGCAGAAUCUGGUAGCUCCGUGAUCAAGAAACCUACAUUUAUGGAUGAGGAAGUCCAAAGCAUACUCACCAAGAUGACAGGCUUGAACUUGCAGAAGACUUUUAAGCCAGCUAUACAAGACCUGAAGCCACCAACCUAUAAGCUAAUGACUCAGGCACAGUUGGAAGAGGCUAUGAGACAGGCAGUUGAGGCAGCUAAAGUACGAUUAAAAAUGCCACCGGUUCUGGAAGAGCGAGUCCCAAUAAAUGACGUGUUAGCUGAAGAUAAAAUUUUGGAAGGAACAGAAACAGCCAAAUAUGUGUUUACUGAUAUAUCUUAUAGCAUACCACACCGGGAGCGUUUUAUUGUUGUCAGAGAACCAAGUGGCACACUACGCAAAGCAUCUUGGGAAGAACGGGACCGGAUGAUACAAAUUUAUUUCCCAAAAGAAGGUCGUAGAGUUUUGCUGCCAGUAAUUUUCAAGGAAGAAAAUCUUAGGACUAUGUAUAGUCAGGACCGACAUGCUGAUGUUCUCAAUCUCUGUGUUGCCCAGUUUGAGCCAGAUUCUACUGAGUAUAUCAAGGUUCAUCAUCAGACCUAUGAAGAUAUAGAUAAACACGGAAAGUAUGACCUGUUACGUUCAACAAGACACUUUGGUGGAAUGGCUUGGUAUUUUAUAAAUAAGAAGAAGAUAGAUGGUUUGCUGAUUGACCAGAUUCAGAGGGAUUUAAUUGAGGAUGCCACCAGCUUGGUCCAGCUAUACCACAGACUCCAUCCAGACGGCCAGUCAGCUCGAGAGGCCAAAGAUCAGGCUGCUGAUGGAGUAAAUUUAAUUAAGAGUGAAGUUUGGUGAUGACGAGCCCAACUGCCACACCUUCAGAGAGCAACAGCAUCUGCCAGUCAGUACAGGGCCGCACUUUUCAGAAAACAAAUCUACCAUAUUUCUGGCAUUAUAUAAAUUGCCAAAACCCAGGAGAGAAAAGCUAUUAAAUAUUCAUUUUCACUUG